CUUAGUAGAUAUACUUCCGUUUCCGGUAUAUUACAAGUUGUCGCUUUUCACUAUUUUAUAAUGUAUUUUUAAAUUAGUUCGCGACCAAUGGAGUCCUACGACGUCAUUGCAAAUCAGCCGGUUGUAAUUGAUAAUGGGUCUGGCAUUAUCAAGGCUGGUUUUGCUGGUGAUCAGAUCCCCAAAUACCACUUUCCAAAUUUUGUGGGGCGCCCAAAACAUGUGCGAGUUAUGGCAGGAGGUUUGGAAGGGGAAAUAUUCCUGGGACCAGAUGCAGAGGAGCACAGAGGUCUGAUGACCAUCCGUUAUCCAAUGGAGCAUGGCAUAGUUAAGGACUGGAAUGAUAUGGAGAGGAUAUGGCAGUACAUUUACUCCAAAGACCAGCUGCAUACAUUCUCAGAAGAACAUCCAGUUUUAUUAACAGAGGCACCUCUGAAUCCACGUAGGAACAGAGAAAAAGCUGCAGAAAUAUUCUUUGAAACUUUCAAUGUUCCAGCGUUGUUUAUGUCUGUACAAGCCGUAUUAAGUUUAUAUGCAACAGGCCGAACAACAGGUGUAGUACUAGACGUGGGUGAUGGUGUAACACACGCUGUUCCAAUAUACGAAGGCUUUGCCAUGCCCCACAGUGUGAUGCGAGUCGAUGUGGCUGGCCGUGAUGUGACCAGAUACCUUCGGCUGCUCCUGCGUAAGGAGGGCUAUGACUUGCACACUUCUGCCGAGUUGGAGAUUGUCAGGACGAUCAAAGAAAAAGCCUGCUACCUGUCAAUCAACCCAACAAGGGAGGAGUCCGCAGAGGUUGAAAAGUCUUCCUACACAUUGCCAGACGGAAGCUCUAUAGAGAUUGGUCCAGCCCGAUACCGCGCACCAGAGCUCUUGUUUCGGCCAGAUCUGAUCGGAGAUGAAUGUGAGGGUAUACACGAGGUUCUCACCUACGCCAUACAGAAGUCUGAUACUGAUCUUCGCCGUACUUUGUUCUCGAGCAUUGUGCUGUCAGGUGGAUCCACGCUUUUCAAAGGAUUUGGGGACAGAUUAUUGAAUGAAGUAAAGAAAUUAGCACCAAAAGAUAUUAAAAUUAGGAUUUCUGCACCACAAGAAAGACUGUAUUCAACGUGGAUUGGGGGAUCAAUUCUAGCGUCUCUGAGCACAUUCAAGACGAUGUGGGUCUCAAAGAGAGAGUACAAUGAGGAGGGGGUGAAAGCUAUACACAGAAAAACAUUCUAGUUGCUGCUGUUUUGUCCACCUUCAAUAUUCCAUAUGAACCAAAUGUUCUUCAGUCAGUUAACAUGUUAACCCUUUUCACUCAGAUACGCAUUUUGACUCGUUUGUACCCCUAUUUAAAUAUCAAAUUGAAUGUAAGACCUUUAACACUAGAGUAAAGUUUUAAAGACUUCAUUUCCAACCCAAAGAUAUUGAUGAUCAGCAAACAGCAUAAAACAUGAAAAGACUGAGUUACUCGCCGGCUGUUUUGGUUUUAUGCUGGGUGCAUAAAGCCAUCAUCGCUCUGCUUCUGAGCGGGAAAGGGUUUAGUUGUGUUGAGCAAGAAUGAUUUGAUUGUGUACACAAGUAUAAACUGGGUAUUAAGUCUUUUUUCAAUUUUAAUGUUAAUUUAUUUUGCGUUAUUGUGUAAACAAGUGUUCAUAGUGUUGUUUGAGGUUAUUUGGCAAAAAAACGAACAAACCAACAAUAGUAAUUUAUUUUGCACACUAAUAGAAGGCGUAUUUGAUGUCAUCUUUCUUUGUGCUUUUUAUGUAUACAUCUAUUGAGUUUGAAAUGGAAAAUCAGUCCUUCAUGUCUUAGUAAUGUUCACUUUAAUGUCUCUAAAGACGGGGCAUUGCUAACAACAAGUUUUCCAUCUAGUCGCGUAUUCUAUAGUAUGGUUCUGGGAGAUACUAAGAUAUUCUGAAAAUGAACCUACUGUUCAAAUGCUGUUGUGCAGUUAUGUGGUACCAAGGAUUUUAGUUAUUUGAACCAUUUGCUUGAAUUUUGUUCUGAUAUUUUAAUAUAUAUUUUUUGAUUACAUAAACUUAAAUGUGAUUGUGUGAUUUAAAUUGUUGAGUGAAAGCAAAAAAAAAUAAUCAGUAGAAUCUAAACUUACACAUGAAUUUAAGUCUUUCAGUGCUGGAACCAAAUUUUGAAGGCCUUUGCAAACAGCUUGGAUCCAUCUGGAUCCAAACUGUUUGCUAUUCUGAUAGUAUUCUAUGAAAAAAAUCGAAGAAAAUGCUAAUUUUAGAAAUUCAGCAGAUGACAUUUCAGCAGACGACAAAUUUCCAAGCAUGCAAAGGGGUAUACAUGGGUGUGCGCUUCAACCAUUCUGUUUGUUAUCAUUUAUAUGAUUAGUAUAAUUUUGAAAUCACACCAUUAACUAUCAAUAUGUGCAAUAUUAAAUUUGAACACUUUCCUUGCCGGUUUAUAUACAAUAUUGUCAAAUUUGUUGUACCAGACAUUUUAAUAGCAUAUUAUCAACCUGAUUGAUAUGUAGUAUUUUUCUAUCUAAUGCAUAAUGAAGCACUGUAUAAUUAUAUACUGAAAGUGUAACAUAAAGAUGGCAAGUGAACAUUCAUAUCUGUUGGUGAAAUAUACGCUAAUAACACCUGAUUAAUACUAACAUAAAACCUUCUUUAAACUAUGUUUAAAUAUGCAUUAGGUAGAUAGAAAAAAUGUAUUAAAGCUGUUAUCAAGAAUAUUUUACUAAAUGCUUCAAGGUUUUAUCUUUAGGUGAAUGAAUUGUAUUGUUACAUUUGACUUUAUUGACUGAACACUUAAAAAAAUGAAAAUUUGUGUUGUUAAAGUUUGCAUUUAGUAGAUAUUAAUGUGUCAGAAGUGCUAUUGGGUAUUGAGAGAGCUGUAUUCUGAGCUUCUUGUGCUUACAUAUUUGUACUUAUAUUUGUGCAUACACUGCCAGUAUAGACAGAAAAUAUUUACCUAAAAGUUUAAGUUAUGGAAAAAAGUGCUAACAAUUUCACCAGAAAAAAUAUUUCUUAAAUUAAUCAUUUGACACACAUUUAGAGUGAAGCUCUAAAGUUUAAAGUUAAUCAAUUGGAUGACACAAACAGGUGCUUUUAUUUGUCAACACAAAUAAUGUAAAACCAUCUCAACUCAAGCAUUGAUUAACAACUGUCUAAUGGUAAAUUGUAAUAUUUACUUUCCUGCAGAUACUAAGAAAUUUUAAGUUUAUAAAUUAGAUCAUACUGUUUAUAUAUUAAGUAUUUAAGGCUAUAAUUAUAUUCUUAACUUUUAUUAUGUGUACUGCCUUGGUUGUUAAUAUAAAUGCUUUACCAUGAUAUCAAUAAAUGUGAACUACA